AUGAAUGAAUGUGGAACGAUAGCGACAAACAAUAAUGAUGAGCCACAAGCAGAAGUAAUCGGCGAUGAAACAAAAGCAAUUUUUUUCGAUACUGCUCAUAUUACAAUAAAGCGUGUUUGUAUCCUAAGCAUCCAUCCAAAUUACACGAUUGAAGCUGCUUAUGGUGACUCUUCAACUAUUUCUACUACUGAAGAAAAACAACAGCAUACUGUAAUUCAUCCACAUGAUACUGAAGAAGUAUUAAAGCAAUUAGAUCCAAAUAUUAAUGUGCAGACGAUUUAUUUAGUUCCAAAUGUCAGACAAAGCAUUGCCGCCAUUCGUCGAAUAGAACACGAAGUUGAUAUAUUUAUUAAUUUGUACGAUAAUUCAGAUGAUACAGCAACAAAAGUUAUUGAAUAUAUGCAAAAUCAAGGCAUCGCAUUUACUGGUGCUGGUCUACAUUUUUGUGAUCCGACUCGAAUUGAAUUAAAACGAUUAUGCCAAUACAGUCAAUUACCAACACCGAAAUUUGCAUUUUUGACUGGUUCAAAUAAUCAGUAUAAUAAUGUUUUAAAACAAUUACCAGAAAAAUUAGGUGGUUUUCCACUAUUUAUUAAACCUGAACAUGGUUACGAUAGUAAGCUCUUCUUAUUUGAAUGCUUGAUGAAAGUAGAUAUAGAAAAAGAGUAA